AUGCGAUUUAAAACUUGUCGUCUACUUUCAGGAAAUGUUCGGAACAGAGAACUUACAAUAAUACAACGCCGCAUUCUCCGAAGAUUGAGGAACAAGAAGAGAUCUAUUAAGAGAAAGAUUUAUCCGAGAGAAAAUCUUAACAGUUACAUCCAAUCACAAACUACACGAAAGUUGCCCCUUUUUCAUGGGGAUUUACCCAUCACAGAGAUGCACAGAGGAACAGAACGAACUUCAUAUAUCCCUUUUCUACUCAAUCCAGAAACAAGAUCGGACGUUAUUCCGGUUCGUCUCCAUUUUCGUGAAACUAUUCCUCAAGCAAGGCAGCCGAUAAGUCAUCGAAGGGUUUGUGUGAAUAAUCGAAUGGUAAGCAUUACUCGUUUGAAAGUUUCCCACGGUGAUCUAAUAUCUUUUCAAGAAAAUGACGCGAGAAUCCGCGGUGAAGAAAUAAGGAGAUCUUUCUAUAUCGAAAUAUCAGUUGAUAAAAUCAUAGGAAAAUUCCUGGAUCACCCGUUGCGUUAUUAUAUGCAAGAAGAAUACUUUGAAAGAACAAAGAAGUUUGGAUCCGAAAAAGUAUGCUUAGGCAGUUCCUUCGCUGAGCACAACAGAAUGAAGAGGAAUUUGUAUCAUUUCAAAUCCCUAUUCUUAUCGAAGAGAAGAAACGAGAAAAACCGAUAUCUUCCUACUCGAACAAGAAGUCCUAUAGUUUACAACUCUUCUUUAUAUAGUAAUUCGACCUAUUGCUCCUCAUCCCCCCAUCAGUUUACUAUGAAGAGAAGAAUAAAAAGGAUCGAACUACCUACUAAUUAUUCGGAGGUUAAUCAUAGAACACCAAAAGCGGUGGUAUUUUAUGGACCUAACAUAGGUCACAUCCCUCACGACAUAAGAUUGAAAGAUCCAAACCUUCCUCUUCGGAGCGGAAACGGACGUGGCCAAAACAUAUAA